AGCCGCUAUGCGAGCAAAGAGAUGGCCUAUCUCUUCUCUCCUGCUAUGCGGUUCCACACCUGGAGAAAGCUAUGGCUGAAUCUUGCCAUUGCAGAGAAGGAACUCGGACUAAACAUUUCGGAUGACGCCAUUAAGGAGAUGGAGGCGAACCUUUUCCUCGACGUGGACCAGUUCAAAGUUGCCGCCCAGGAGGAGAAGAAGCGGAGACAUGAUGUUAUGGCGCACGUCCUUACGUUCGGGACGGUUGCACCAGCUGCUGCAGGGAUUAUACACUUGGGAGCGACAUCAUGUUAUGUGACCGACAAUGCUGACCUCAUCUUCAUGCGUGACGGAUGCAACUUGCUGCUCGACAAGUUAGCAGUCGUGAUACAUCGACUCUCCGCCUUCGCAGCACAGUAUCGGGCAUUGCCGACGCUAGGAUUCACCCAUUUCCAGCCCGCUCAAUUGACUACGGUAGGGAAGCGAGCUACUCUGUGGAUUCAGGAGUUGCUUUGGGAUCUACAGGCGAUCGAGCGUGCCAGGGAUGAUCUCGGGUUCCGAGGCGUGAAGGGUACCACGGGCACCCAAGCGAGUUUCUUCACGUUAUUCAAGGGAGAUCAUGAGAAGGUCAAAGCGCUCGAUAAGCGCGUCACAGAGCUCAUGGGCUUCAAGUAUGCCUACCCGGUCUCCAGUCAAACCUACUCCCGCAAGAUCGAUAUCCAAGUCAUCGCACCCCUUGCCUCCUUCGGAGCCACCGCGCACAAGAUGGCAACGGACAUUCGUCUCCUCGCACAUCUGAAAGAGGUCGAGGAACCUUUUGAGAAAGACCAAAUAGGGAGUAGUGCUAUGGCAUACAAGAGGAAUCCAAUGCGCUGCGAGAGAGUGUGCUCGCUUGCGAGGCAUCUGUGGGCAUUACAGAACAAUACGUUCACGACCGCAGGCACCCAAUGGUUUGAGCGGACUUUAGACGAUAGUGCGAAUCGACGGAUAACCAUCCCCGAGGCUUUCCUCACGACGGACAUCCUCCUGACCACGCUACAAAACAUUACCGAGGGUCUUGUUGUAUAUCCCAAGCUCAUCGCCUCCCGCAUCUCUCAGGAACUACCCUUCAUGGCAACAGAGAAUAUCAUCAUGGCCAUGGUGGACAAACACAAUGCCGAUCGACAAGAAUGUCAUGAAGCUAUCAGGGUGCUCUCGCAUCAAGCGGCUAAAGUGGUGAAGGACGAAGGCGGGCAAAACGACCUCGUGGAGCGAGUACGCAAAGACCCGUAUUUCACCCCUGUAUGGCCGGAGCUCGACAGUCUUCUGGACGCAAGCACAUUCAUCGGACGUGCUCCAGAGCAGGUCGACGAAUUCAUUGCUGAGUGGGUGGAACCCGCUCUCAAGCCUUACGAGAAGGUUAUCUCUGGAGCAAAGGCUGUGGAGCUUCAUGUCUAAUUGUCUGGGAACAAAAAGCAAGGUAUCCUGCCUAUAAUAAACCCCAAAGAAACACUGUAAUCGACCACAAGAAAUGAAUAGAAU